AUGUCUUAAAGUCCCUUCCAAUAUACUUACUAAUCAGCUUCUCUUGCUAAUCGAGAUACUUCACCUAUCUGUAUCCGCCAGAAUUAGGAGAGUGAUUUUCAAAGUCCACCUCCCACCAGCUCUCAGUUUGUUAACUACCAAAUAUCUGACUACAAAAAUAGAAACCUAUGCAAAUCUAAUGGCAAUUAUUAAUAACACACAAAUACCGCUUAAUAAUUGCUAAGGCCAUCAGAAGUCUAGAUUUACUAAACUACUUACAAAAAAGAACCUUUAGCUGUACACUUUAGAGGAAGUAGUUAAGCUUAAAACUUCUCACCAAUUCACUCAAAGCAUAAGAUUUAUGUGGAAAGUUGUGAUAAUGACGUAAAUCAGAAAACUAAUCAUAGUUCAGUAGAUGAAAGUGAUUCCUUUAAUAGCAACUCUCUAAACACGACACCUCUUAUUAGAAAUAGCAUGAGAAAAAUUGAGGCUGAUAACUCUCAUAAUUCUUAGAAUGAUUAAAGCUUAAACGAUUCAUCUCAUCAACACUGCGAACUCAUCAAUCACUAUGGGGAUGGCUAUCAUAAUUAGCUAAAUGAGUCUGUCAGAAAGGCCAUUGAGAAAUAUAAGGAAUACAAAAAUGAGAUCAGCUUUACACUUCAAUCUUAAAAUUCAUCUAGAGCUUAUUAUGAUGGGCAGUUUGAUGAAAUGGAUCAGGUCAAUGAUAUUAGUGGUAUCAUAAAUAAAAAUGAGACUGAAAUUGAACAUGAUUCAAUCCUUCGCACUCCAAUUUCUCAUAAAUCCAUGUACAGAUCCCAACAUCAAGAAGCCAGAGAAAUUAAUCACCAAAUUAUUAACAAUCAGAAUAUUUAAUCAAAGCCAUAAACGUUUACAUAUCAAAAUAUCCAUUAUUCCCAAUAGGAUAAUAACAUUGGUAAAAAACCCAUUCACCAAGUAUUUGAAUAUAAUUCCAAAUAUAAUUAGCAAUAGACUCUUAAAUCACUAGCUCCAGAAAAAUUAGAUACAGUAGAGCCCAGAUACAAUCAAGAAGAACUCAAAGAUGUGAAGAGAAAUCUUUAUGAGAUUGAAUUCAAGAAUAUUGAUGUAAAGUAACCUGAAUAUGUUCCACCAACUACAUACCAGAGAAAUUAUAAUUAUGCUCCCUAAUACACAUCAUAUAGUGAUUACAAACCACAGACUUAUCAAGAAAUUGAGCCAUUGAGAGAAGUCUAUAGAGAUUAUGAUAGAAAGUAACCUCUAGAUGUGAUUUUAGAGACUCCUGCCAGAAGAAUCACAAAUGUUAAUGAUAAAAGUCUAUCAAAGGAAAAAAUAGGAAGUAUCUAUAUAAACUAGGAACAUUCAGAAAUAUAAAAUCAGAAAGAAGAAAAUCCUAUAUCAUCAAGAGCAUUAUCUGAUGCACCAACAACUCUUGAUUCAAAUAGACAGUUUGAAAAUAUACAGGUAUAGACACCACCAAGAGCUAGUUAUCUAAAGGAGGCUUCGAUUAUACCUUCUCCUCAAUAAAUAUCAACAGAUUCUCCUCAUUCAACAAGCUCCAAAGAUGAUGGCUACAAAGAUCUCUAUAGAAUGAUAGCAGACUUGAGAGAAAAAGUUAAUACAUAAUAGAAAAUCAUCAAAGAGAAAGAGGUGGAGUACGAAGCUCUCCAGAGAGAAAAAGAGUAGCUAAAUAUGUAACUAGACAGUUAAGAAGAUCAGAUUGACCUAUACGCUAGAUAAGAUAAAAUUUAGAGGCAAAUUAUUGAAGAAAAAGAAAAUGAGAUUUAGCUGUUGAGACUAGAACUAUAAUAAAGUCUUGAGGAAAGAGAUUAUCUGCAAAGGCAACUAGAGAAUUUAAAGGUAGAACUGAAGCAAGAAAUAAAGCAUACCGAAACUGAGAGAGCUAAGCUAAAAGAAAUGGAUGAAGUAAUGGAGGUAUGCAAAGAAUAACUUCAUAACUUUGAUUCUAUAAAUGUGAUGAGUCAGCAGGUCAUUGAGAGGCUUGAGCGUCAAGUAGGCGAAUAUAAAUUUGAACUUGAUAUGGCUUAAACAACCAUUGAGAAGUAGCAUGAUAUGUACUAUAAACUUGCAUAGACCAUAGAAUAUGAUACUACUUAAAAGUCUUAAUAGGCAGCAUUCUAAACACCAGUUUAAUAGUAAUAGUUACAAACAUAUGUUCCUGUCUAUCAAAGUUCUGAGCCUAUUCUAGAAAUAAAUAGAUUAGAGCCACUAAAUAAUAAGGUAACUGAAAUCGGAAAUUAAAGAUAUGAAACAUAUCGCAGAGUUAAUGAUGGUUAUCAAUCAUAGGAGCAAAGCCAAAUCAAAUGUGAAGAAAUAUAAAACUAUGACUAGUUUAGAACUUUUGAAAGAGGGCCAGUUGAAAGAGUAGAGUUGAGGGAAACAGUUUAAACUCUAUUUUUUAGUUCUAUUCAGGAUUAAAAUCAAAUGGUCAGCAGUCCAACUAACUAAAUCAGAUAGGCUAAUGUUUAUAAUUACUUUGAGCAACCAGCAAUUUAAACAGCCAGAAGAAUUCCAUUUAACUCUGAUAAUUCAACUAUUAACAUUGGAAACAACACAUGUUUUGAUGAAUCAUCCAUUAGUUAAUUUUAAGGGAAAAAGUCUCUUUAAAUCUCUCAGAGAAUGGGAGGAAUUGAAUCGUCUGCUUUGAAAAAGAAACUAGUAGCUAGCCCCUUAAAAAAUACUGCUAACAGACUCAAUAAGCAAAGAUAGUAGAUGCUUGAUCAGUAAUGGAGAGUUGUUGAGUAAUAGCAGCUAUAUCAUAAGGAAAAUAACCUAUUGUGA